AUGAGCGGUCUGGGCAACCUGCUUGGCGCAUAUGGUUCAGAGGAUGAAGAUGAGGAGCAGGAGGAGGAGCAGCAGGCGGCGGAAACACAGCAGACGGGCCAGGUUACGCUGCUGCGCGAGAAUUCGGGGGCCGGCCUAGACCUGUCGCACCUGACCAGCGCGCCCGCCGCCCGGCCGGUGGAGGCAGACACCGCGGCAGCCAAGGCCGGCGCAGGCGAGCUGCUUCGCCCGCAGUCGGCCGCCUCGGAGCAGCGUGAUGAGGGCGGCGCGGGGCCAGCAGAAGGGCCAGCACCCAUGGAUGCAGACGGCGAGCUGCAGGCGGCGGGCGGCGGCGGCGAGCAGCCUCCUGCCACGGCCGACGACCCGCUCAGCCUGCUGCCGCCUGAGAUGCGGGAGCCGCCAGAGGGCGAGUGCGACCCCGCAGCAAAGGUGGCCAGCUGGCUGCACGUGCAGCGCACCCGCGGCAAGUACAUCAACGACGAGAUCCGCAAGAGCAGGGGGUACCGCAACCCCGAGUUCUUUGCCAAGAUGGUGGAGCACCUGGAGAUCCAGCAGUACGGCACCAGCUUCGCGCCAGAGGUGUUCGACCCGUCAGCACUGCCCCCCGAGGACUACCUGGAUGCGCUGCAGAAGGAGUGGACGGCGGAGGAGGAGCGGCGCAAGGCGGCGCGCGCCGCGGGGCAGGGGCGCGUCGAGUUCCUCAAGUCGGCCUCCCAGCCGAGCCUAGUGGGCACCACGCUCAAGCCCGGCCUCAACCAGCCUGGAGUGCUGCAGCCCGCGCCGGCGUACCCCCCUCCCUCUUUGGCGGUGGCGGCGGCGGCCGCGCAGGCCAAGGCGGCGGCGGUGGCGGCGGCGGCGCAGCAGCAGCAUGCGCAGGCGGGGCUCAGCGCGGCCGCGGCGGUGGCGGCGGCGCAGGCCAAGGCAGCGCAGCUGGCGGCGCAGAUAACAGCAAACAUGCAGCGGCGGUAG